AUGCUACGCCGUGUACGACUUCUGUAUUCACCUCUUGAUGAACUUAUCAUCACUGGAAGCCGUUGGUCACGUUUAUUAGCUAAGCCAGUAUCAAACGGAUCCACAUCAUCCUCAACAUCAUCAUCAUCAUUAACCAAAACACCAUUUAUUACACUCAUUCCAACAUUGCAUGUGGCCUCACUACAGUUCUACGAUAAGGUACUAGAUUACAUGGUAAAGGCUGUAAAGGAGCGGGAUAAUGUUGUGAUUCUACUAGAGGGCAUCUGCGAUGAUGAGGAUGUCGAAGUACAACAAAUGGAGGAGUAUUUUCAAAUUUCCCACAACGCUGAUCUCCGCACUGCGCUGCUGAAGAAAGCCGACACGAACACUCUCUACACAGAAGAAACAAUGCGGGUGAUAUGUGAAGAGUUGGCGGUGCGAUAUGAUGCCCUUAAAGAGGCCGCCGCAACUGUACGGCUGCAGGAGUGUUAUCUCCGACCAAAAAUGGCCGCACUGGUUGGCGCUCAUCUCCGCAAUGAUGCGGAUCUCAACAUGCGAGAGGUGUUAGCCAUUCUCCGUGAGGAGAACAGUAGUGAUGAGAAGAAUGCCGAUAUGACUAUUGACAUUCCCGUCAGUCAACUCGGCGCACAACCGGCAGUGCGGCAAAAACGAGAGGCGAAAGUUGCGAGAGCCGCACAACAAAGAUGUGUGGAGUGGGCGCGGCUUGGAUGCGGCGGUGAAGUAAUUCUGCCGUGGGGAUUUUAUCACGCGGAGGCCAUUCGACAUAAUAUUCUCGCCAUGAAUGCAAAAGAUGAUAAUGUGGUGUUUGUAGAGAGUGAUGAGACACUCUGCCGUGUACCUUUUGGAGUUACUAGGGAACUCCUUGAGUGUGCUGAUAGCAAACCCGCACCGAAGUAA